CAAACUUAGUUCAUUCCCUAACUCAAAUCAUAAUAUGAAGCUAAAAGUACUUGAGAAUUUUAACUGCAAAAUUUAUAUUCAACAAAUUAAAGUCAAAGCUUAUCAUUAUCUACCUCAAGAUUUUCAGUUAUCUCUAGAUUUAAUUACCCAAACUAAUGUUGAAGAAACUAGAACUUUAGGACAUUAUAAUUUUAUAGUCCAAGAGGCAUUAAACCUUUGUGCAAUAUCUAGUAGAUUAAUCAAAUAUAUUGUUACUAGCUUAGAACAAUUUUCUAUUUAUUUAAUUAGACUGUUUCAUGAAAUUACCCUAUCAACUAAAAUAAUUAGAUAUCUUGUUCAAUAUUAUUCAGAAAUUUAUUUAAAUUACAGUUUUUAUAGUAAAAAUCAAGUACUUAAAUCAAAACAAUCAAUUUUUGUUUUAUCUACAGCUCCUACAUUAGAAAGUUUAUCAACAUCUACUCAAGAACUUCAAACAAUAGUAAACAAUAUAUUAGUUUAUAUUCAGGAUCAUGAUAUCAAUAUUUCAAAUAUAACAAAUACUGUGAACAAUUCAAUAUAUAUUAUUACUACAUCAAAUCCUGUGUUUACUGCAAAAAUUCAUGACAAGAUGUAUUAUUGUAAUGGGUUUAAAGAUCCUGAGCCUCAUAUACUUGAUUAUAAUUAUGUAUAUGACUUUGAGCUUAGAUCUAAAAAUUGA